AUGCCUCCGUUCUUGUGUAAUGAGAUCUGGGACCUUGUCUUCUCCAACUUCGAAGAUACCAUAGAUGUCGAAGACGGAUCAGAUCAUGGCCUUUAUCCGUCCCCCAAAGACACUGAUAUUCCAACUCUUAAAUCACUGUGUCUUGUCAGCCAUCAAUUCUACAGAUUGGCCAGGCGAAAUCUGUAUCGUACCAUAUCGGGCGGAAAUCUAGACGGCCAAGAGAAUAAUACAAAGAUGUGCUUACUCGCCCGUACGCUUCUCUUGAACCAGGAGCUCAGGUCGGAAAUCCGUGCAAUCGACCUGAGUUCCUCAACAGACUGGAAGACUUCCUUGGUCAACAGUGACUUUUGGCCACCAAACAUUGAACGGGUUGAACCUCCUCAACUACGAGACUUGCUGAGGGAAGACAUAGAAAGUUACUCUGCCACUGGAGCUGGGACAUGUUUUCUUCUGGCCCUCAUGCCGAAGCUCCGGAUGGUCGUAUUGUCAGACCCCCAGACACAUUCCAAGGCCCUGACCUGGAUCCUCGGGGGAGAGACGAGGACUCCCCAGCCUGGCACAGCAGAUCGACCAGAACUAGUUGCGAACUUCCUCGGUCAGCUGGAAGAAAUACACUGGCUGCCAUCACGGACCAGAGUAGAAUACUCAGGCACUUGUAGCACGGAAUAUUUGCUACUCCUUCCCAAUAUCAAGCGACUCUUCCUGACACCUUUUGAACCCACCUUCACUAUCAGCCCUCCCGUGGUUCCAGACUUUCAGAGUGGGCUACAGAGUUUGACACUCGACGCUGGUAUGAUCUGUCCCGCUUUCCUACACUACAGUCUUUCUCGAUGCAAGGCCUUACAGUACUUGGACCUGGAUCUUACAGAUUGCUACGACAUAGAUGAAGAGGAUUUGAUAGUGAACCUGUACGACUUUGGAAGCAUUCUCAGAGAGUUUGGACAGGCCCUUGCCGGCCUAAGGCUGAGAUUUUACGAUACCGAAGAGUACUCGAGAGGCAAGAUUGGCUCCCUACGAGGACUUGAGCGUCUCCGACACCUUUCAGCUCCAAUAUUUGUACUUGCAGGUAAACUGAAUGACGCAGUCCCGCUACAGGAAGUCUUGCCUGAAUCUGUGGAGACGCUCGAAAUGAAUUUCGUUGAUGUCUGCAGGAUGGAAAAUCGUGACAUUCUGGUAAGACUGUCUGCUGCGAACGACGACCGGAUGAUUCGCUUUCUUGACAACAAUGAAUUACCCAAACUACAGGAAGUUAUAUAUGGUUAUUUUACGGACGGCCAGGUUGACAGGGCCACUCAAUUCACCAAGGUUGAGGGCUGGAGUGUCAAGAACGGGGCACAACUACGGCAAUCGUUCGUUGGAGAGCCUUAUUCUGUGAGGCUUGGGCUAGUACGCGGAUAA